AUGGCCUUAAAGCUGGAUCUUGAAAAAGCAUAUGACUAUCUGGACUGGAAUUACGUCCAAAAAGUUCUGUCCAAAUUUGGUUUUAGCCCUCGUUGGAUUUCCCUAAUCAUGGAAUGCACAUCGUGUCCUACCAAGGUGACUAAAUCCAUUGACAGAGAAAUGAGGAACUUUUUUUGGGGAAAUGACUCGAGCAGCCCCCCUGUUGCUUGGAAUCAGGGAAUGAGAUGGAUAAUUGGUUCUGGUAAGGAUGUUAAGUUUUGGACCUUUAACUGGGUUUUUGACUUUCCUUUAUUUAAUCUUUUGGAUAAUGCUACUAAGGCUGCUGUUGAUUUAUAUGAAUCUGUUAGUGACUAUAUCACUUUUGGGAACUGGAAUGUUCAAAAAUUGGCUUCGAUUUUGGAUCAGCAUUGUUUGGAAGACUGCAACCAUCUUUUCCAUUCCUGUUCUUUUGCUAGUCAAAUCUGGAGUUUGGUGCCCAAGUUACUCUCUCCUUCAAGAUUUUCCAAUCUCUUGGACUGGAUUUUACAUUUGUUCGAUAAAGAGUCCUGUACCACUAUUGAGGAUUGUAUUUUGUUGUGCUGGCAAAUUUGGGGGGCAAGGAACAACUUCAUUUUCAACAAUUCUCUUGCUUCCCUAAAUAGCAUCACUCUUUCAGCUACCUCAGUUGGCUACAACUACAGAAGAAACAAUCAGCCUGCUUCAAAUACGGCUUCUUCAGCCAUUCCUAUUAUGUGGAAGCCUCCUCUUGUUAGUUUCUUUAAACUCAACUUUGAUGGUUCCGUUAAAGCUCACGACAGGGCUGCUGCGGGAUUCAUUAUCAGGGACUCUAAUGGUAGGCCUAUCCUGGCGGGUACCCGUAAGCUUGGUGUCACGUCAGUUCCGAUUGCGGAAGGUUCUGCUCUCAAAGAUGGCCUUCUCCAGGCGCUUCGUCAUAACAUCACAAAAAUUCAGGUGGAAGGUGACUCGCUUCUUAUUAUCAACUGCAUUAAUAAAGUUUGUGCCACUCCUUGGAGAAUCAGAUCCUUGAUCGCCGACAUUACCUGCCUUGUUGCGAAAUUUGAGGCUGCUUCAUUCUCUCAUGUGUUUCGUGAGGCCAAUUUCGUUGCAGAUCUUAUCACCUCAAUGGGUCAUGAUCUUUCCAAUCCCAAGAUUUGGAUCAAUUCCAUUCCGACUGUGGCCUCGACAGCGUUGCUUCUAGAUUCUGCUAGCCUUGGGUGUCCAAGGGGUUUCAUGUUGUAG